CCAGGGCAGAUCGAGUGCAGGAUUAGCUCCAAUCAGUCCAAUCGUGGGAGAUCAGAACUUGAGUUGACUCAAUUUACGGGUUCAGUCGGGACUUUUGUUUGUUGUUUUGUGAAAACUCCGAGGAAAAUCAAGAUUUUUCUUUGUGCAAGUUUAGUGGAUGUUGCUGCGGCUUCAAGUUUCAUCAUCAAUUAAUGUAGAUCACUGCUUCAAGUGGUUUCAGAAUUUGAUCUGCCGGCGCUGAGAAGGCAUGAGCAGCAAAUGAAAAGCAACUCCAUCAAACUGAGCACCCGCUUUUUGAUCUGCCUCGUCGCCCACAACCUGAUCAUGAACGUGGCUGCACUCACAUGGCCUCUCGCUCGCAUCUUGAUCGUGAAGCAAAUGGGUCCGAGCGAGCACCCUCUGAUGAACAAGGAAAAAGACCAGCUUUUUUUGUAUAAUAUCUGGUGGCCGACGGACGCACGCCAAACUCCCACCUACUUCUACCUCGCAGCAUGGACCGCUUUGAGCCUGAUCGUCCAAACGGGUGCCGCCACCGGUUCGAACAUUUUUCUUUCAAAUUUGAUGGUUUGCGUCUCUAAAAGAGCGGAGUUUCUGAAGGACACAGCGACCAUCGCGCUGGCCAACGGCCCGUCCUUUAAGAAGGUGCCCUUGCGAAUGAGGCAGUGGAUCAGAUACCACCAGUACUACAUCAGUCUAGUGCACAAAAUAAAUCUGGUGUGCGGCUUCACUGUGAUGCUGGACCAUAUCUGCUCUAUCUACCGCCUAGUCCACUUUGGCUAUAUUUUAACAAACUUUUCCACCUACGGAACAAGCUACUAUACCUUAGUACCCAUUUCUAACGCACUGUUCAACUUGCUGGUGCAAGCCCUGGCCGGCCAACAGGUCAUCAACAAGUGCGUCGAACUGAACAAGACGGUGGUCAGGGUUGCGAACAACAAUCUCCGUAGCGCUGAAGGCCAACUCAGGAACACCCUGAAAACACUCAAGGCCAGGUGCUCGUGCGGGGUCGUUGAAAAAAUCACUGGCGUUGACCUUUUCGUCGUUUCGGUGCAUUCUCUUUUCAAAGAGAUCAGCCUUGUGGUGAGCGUGCUUUUAGUUGUGUCACAACUUGGAUAGAUUUUCCUGAAGCAUUUCACUUAAUUUAUAAUACUUUCAUUUAAUAUCGGUAUAAUUUAAGAAUUCAUAAAUUACAAUCCACACGACUUAUUUGAUAAUAUUUAUCAAAUGGGUGUGAAAAUUUUGGUUGUAACUAUCAAAUGAGUAAAAAAUAUUGUAACAUAAAGCACAAAAAAUAGCAAACAAUUAAAGUUUUUGCACUUAA